UUUUUGUUUCUAUGCGUUACGUCAUGUGGAAUUAUUGAGGUUCCAGAAUCCAAACGGUUGAAACGUUACAUAAGCUCGGGGAAUCGAGGCCACAGAAAACUGAAGAAGCAAACAGACAGUCAUCAUUCAAGAGUGAAGAUGAAACUGAUUUCAUUAUCUGUGCUGUGCCUGUCGCUUCUUGUGUUUCAUACCAAUUUUUCACUGGCUAAGAGAAGAGGCGGCUUUGGAAAAGUCUCUGGCUCAAAGAAGCUUCCUACAUCAAACCGAGACAGCACCCACACUAACACAGGCCAUAAAAGUAAUCAGGACUCGCAGGGUGGAUACCCCAAACAACGUGGACAAAGCAAUCAAGGAGGCUACCGUCCACAAUCAAGUACAUCUAGGUAUCCCGGUAGCUACCCCCAGCAGCCAGGUAGAGGAGGCUACCAUAAACAUUAUCCAGCACAGGGCUCCCCAUAUGGAGGUGGUUAUGGCAGUUAUGGAGGUUAUCCAGGGGGAUACAUUAACCAAAACCCAAACAACAGAGUCCUGAGCCCCCACUAUCGUGGCAGCUUUGGAUACGGGGGCUACGGUGUUGGGGGGGGUUCUCCUUUUUACCAGUCAGUUCAGGCAAUGGGCAUGUAUCCCUCUCAUCAAUCCAGGGGGUUUGGACGUAGUGCAGUAAUGGCAGCAGCUGGAGGGGCUAUGGCAGGAAUGGCUCUGGGCUACGGGUUAGGAAGGUUCCCUCGUCCUCACUUCCACUUCCACAACCCACAGGAGGAACAUUACUACAACCACUACAUGUACAGGAAAUAUGGUACCAAGUCUACAGAUACAAAUGACUACAGCAGAGACUACAGCUACACCCAACCCCCUGAGACCUAUGACAGAUACAUGGACUCCUGCAUGAAGAGAGCAGACCUUCUGCCUGCCAAGAAUCGAAAGCCAAACAAUGAACCAGCUGCCAUCACUACCACUACUGUUGUUACCUCAGCUUCAGACACUGGCACACACAGCAACACAGCAGAGACCAACAGCACUGCAUCAGAACACUCAUCCGCACCUUCAACUGCCCACCCUCCAAAACAGCCGGAAGAAGAAUCUUCACAGGAUCUUAGCAGUGCUGAGGGUGAUGACACAGUCAGCAUUGUGGAGAUUGGCUAUCCAGCACUGAUUGAGCAGCUGAAGGCCAGGAGAUGCUUGGAACUUUACAUGGUUUACUCUGAAGAGUACUUGAGACAGGCAGGAGGGGCACAGAGAAAUCAGAUGGGCUUGCAUGGGCUUUUAGCUGCAGUUGUCAGUAUUGUACUGAUGCUGCUGAAUAGCAACAUGCUAAUGCUACUGCACUAAGGCCUUUACUAGUAGUUAAAGUGAUAGAAAAUCUGUUAAAGAAAUAAGAUAUAAGGAUAAAAAUGAUAAGAGAGAGGGUUAUUUUACCAGGAUGGAUGAGAACUGAUAAUACCCAUUAAAUGGUGUAACAGCAUUUGAAGCGGGUGACAUAUUGCAUUUUUAAUCAUGUCAUUAAUGAAAGGAAGCAAAGAGGCUAAACUAGAGAGCCAGAGUGCUGCAACAAAUUGCACUUCACCUUUGAUUUGAUUUAUUCUUUCAAGCAUGUAAAAACAGUUGAUAUGACAACACACAUAAUUUUACACAUAAUCCA